AAAUGUAACAAGAUGGCGGACAGUGUGGAACUGAAGCAAAUGGUAAUGAGCCUUCGAGUUUCGGAGCUCCAAGUGUUGUUGGGGUAUGCAGGACGGAAUAAGCACGGGCGCAAACACGAACUCUUGACCAAAGCUCUCCACCUACUCAAGGCCGGUUGCAGUCCCGCAGUGCAGAUGAAGAUCAAAGAGCUCUACAGGCGGCGCUUCCCAACCAAAAUGGUUUCGCCGGUCGACCUGGCUCUGCCCAGCGUUCACUCUGCCUCCACCCUGCCUGCUGGCCUGGCCCAGCUGGGAUUUGACAGUCACGGUUCUGCAUCGCCUCUACUGCCUGUUUCUUUACUUGGGCCUAAACAUGAGCUGGGUUUGCCUCACCUCCCCUCCGCCCUUCACCCCGUGCACCCUGAUGUCAAGCUCCAGAGACUGCCGUUCUACGACGUACUGGAUGAGCUCAUUAAGCCGACCAGCCUGGCUUCAGACAACACUCAGCGGUUCCAGGAAGCGUGUUAUGCUUUUGCUUUAACACCACAGCAGGUUCAACAGAUCAGCAGCUCCAUGGACAUAUCUGGGACCAAAUGUGACUUUGCAGUUCAAGUUCAGUUAAGAUUUUGUUUAUCGGAGACGAGCUGUCCUCAAGAGGAUUAUUUCACCCCUAAUCUCAGUGUGAAGGUGAACGGCAAACCCUGUAAUCUCCCGGGAUAUCUUCCUCAAACCAAAAAUGGAGUGGAACCAAAAAGGCCCAGUCGCCCCAUAAACAUAACUUCUCUUGUCCGACUCUCCACCACUGUCCCCAACACAAUUGUUGUGUCAUGGACUUCAGAAAUUGGGAGGAGUUUUUCUGUGGCUGUCUACCUGGUAAGGCAGCAGUCGUCUGCCGUGUUGUUGCAAAAACUACGGGCCAAAGGAAUUAGGAACCCUGACCACUCAAGAGCUUUGAUCAAAGAGAAAUUAACAGCUGACCCAGAGAGUGAGAUUGCCACCACCAGCCUACGAGUCUCCCUCCUGUGUCCUUUGGGAAAGAUGAGGCUGACAAUCCCCUGCAGGGCGUUGACGUGUUCUCACCUUCAGUGCUUCGACGCUACACUUUACAUCCAAAUGAAUGAGAGGAAGCCGACCUGGAUGUGUCCUGUCUGUGACAAGAAGGCGCCCUAUGAGCACCUCAUCAUCGACGGGUUAUUCAUGGAAAUCUUGAAUAGCUGUUCUGACUGUGAUGAAAUCCAAUUCAAAGAAGAUGGAAACUGGUCCCCCAUGAGGUCAAAGAAAGAGGUGCAGGAUGCGUCGGCUUCGUACAACGGUGUAGACAGCGAUUUGUCUCGGACCGAUAUGCAUGUGCAGAAACGGGGAUCGUCUCAUGACAACAGGAGGAAUAUUGAUGUGAUUGACCUGACACUGGAUAGCUCCUCAGAGGAGGAGCUAGAAGAUGAGCCGCCUCUUAAAAGGCCCUGUCCCUCACUGUCCCCCGUCUCCCCACCUUCAAGCCAAGGAGUACUGAAUUUACACAGCCCGUCCCCACCUGUGAGCAGAGCUCCCAGCAUGCCAAAUGUGGAGACCAGCUACAUACCCCCCCCUCCGCCUCUCAUCCAGGACUAUCACCACUAUUAUCACACAACCAGUGACCUGCCAGAUCUAAAUUUCUUCUCCUUCCUCCAAGGCGACAAUCAGCGUUACAACAUGGUGAUGGCAGCUGCAUCGGCAUCCACCUCGGAGGACCACGACUUGCUCCUCAACCGUUUCCUGCACUACGGCUCCUCUCAGAUGCUGCGGGAGCAACCGGGCAUCCCGGGCAGCAGCACGCUGGCAGCCACCAACGGAGGCCGUAACAGUGGCAGCACAAUCAGUUUGGUGUCUUCGAGCAGUCUGCGGGAAAGCAACAAAGAUAGACAGAAGGACAGGGACCGGGAGAGCCACGUCAUCUCGGGAUUGUCGCGUUCCUCCGUGGGAGCUGCCACGGCAGGCGCUAUUUAUGGCUCCAUAUCGGACGUUAUCUCUCUCGACUAGAUCGACAAAAAAAACUGAGAAGAGGAGUUCUUUGUAAAUAUGGAAGGGGGAGAUGAAAGAAUAGAAUUUGUAUAUGUAAUAUGUACAGAGAAGAAAAUCUAUUUUCAAUUUUACUUAUCAUGUGUAUAUAAACUUUGGACGCUUCUUGUCCAGUGAGUGACUUCAGUUGAUAUUUUUCUGUGAAUACUGAAGGAUUUUUCACAUCUCUUCAUGUGGUCCUUUGAUUAUAUUGUUCCAGGAAAAUGUUGCUGUCAAAACUGCUUUAUCAUAUUUCUUUCUGUUUAGCACUUGAUCUUUGUCUAACGGCCGUGUGGAGCAGUGACUCUGUCACUGUUUCAGGGAACACUUCCAGAGUGGUUUCUUGCUCUGUAUGUCCCUGCAAGUUGCCUGAUAGCUCACCUGUUGUGUGCUAUGCAGCUGCGUACUGAGAAUACAGGAUACAUUGACCUUUGCUCAAGUCUCUACAGUUUGCGAGAAAACAGGGACAGCUUGUUCUUUUGAUUGUACCACAACAUGCAUUUUGGCCCUGAAGUUAAAACCAUUGAAGUUAUUAAGCACGCAUUCCCCCCUCUACCUGUUUUGACUUGGGUUUACAAUUAGGAUUAUUUAUUAUCAUAUAUAUUUCUAAGUAUUUCUUUGAUUUGUGGAUAUACAUUGCUGUCAUUGUCACAUGUAAUAUUUCUUUUGUAAUGAUAUAAUGAAUGCUAUUUAAAGAUGUCAUAGUUGCCUGGCAUACAUUGUAACAUUUCUUUGUUUUACUAUCAGAUGAUGUCAAUAACUCAA